AUGUCGGCUUUUAAAUGUGGCCACGAGCUGCCAAAAUCUCGUAUUGGGGUAAAUUUCUCUUACCUCCCUCUGGACAAUAAGAAGCGCUGCCCGGAAUGUCAAACCAAGACAGCGCCAGGCAUACUUGGGCUCCUCAAAAGUAUGCAGGAAUCCCAUGACGCAGGCGAAUACCGUGAUCCUGGAAUUAACCAGCAUCUCAUAACUUACGUAUUUGACCGAUUCAUCACACAGCGCAAAGGUGUUGGUUUCCAGCAGCUUUCGAACGAAUUCUUUUGUGCACUUGGUGAAGUUUCUUAUCACCUACUUGACCGAAAGCAACUUUCAAGUUUUUUGACUACGGUACGAGGUCGAUGGGGUAGUGAUAUUGCCAAGCAAACCCUGCGUGCUUUAGGCGCAGCAGCACUCAGGUCCAACGGUAUCUAUGAGCUCGUAGAACCUGCAAACGCAGAAAUUUUAAGUUCAUUGAAUCGUAUGAUUCUUCUAUCCAGAGAACGGGCCUCGGCUAUCGAGACUUUCCAGCAACUUCAGAUUAUUCUAGAUAAUACUGGAACAUUACGAAUGUUGCGAGACGACGUCACUAUAGCAGUAGCCCAACUUGAAGAAGGGUAUGCCAAGUGGGAAGCUACUAUUACUCGUAAGUAA